GAAUCUGCUCUCAGGUUCAUUGGAGAGAUCGUCCUGCCCUUCUACCUGGCUGGCUUCGGAUGCGUCUUUGCUGGGAUUGUUCUCGAUUUAGUCAAGGAUUGGGAUGUCUUCAAGAACAUUACGGAGGUCUUCAUACUGGUACCUGCCCUGUUGGGGUUGAAAGGUAAUCUAGAAAUGACUCUGGCGUCUAGACUAUCUACGCAAGCCAACCUCGGCAAUAUGGACUGUAAGAAGGAGCAAUGGAGAAUGAUAUACGGAAACUUGGCUCUAACACAGGUACAAGCGAUAGUGGUGGGUUUAUUAGCUUCCAUCUUUGCCAUCCUUCUCGGCUGGAUUCCGUCAGGAAAGUUACACGUUAUGCAUGGUUUUCUCAUGUGCGCUGGCAGCGUUCUAACUGCAGUUCUCGCUACUCUCAUACUAGGUUCUUUGAUGGUUGGUGUGGUGCUAUUUUCUCGGCGGUUCCACAUCAACCCAGACAACGUUGCCACACCAAUCGCAGCUAGUCUCGGAGAUCUCACAACAAUUACACUACUGGCUAUCAUCUGUCAAUCACUCUACAAGACCAUC